CACGGGGUGGGGAGCGAGGCACGCCUGGGACAACCGGGCUGCCAAGCACGUGGGUCCCCGCGGCGGCGGGACCUGGGCGCUGGCACCCGGGAGCGGCGGCGACGGCACCCCGGGCGGAGGAACGCAGCGCAGAGGAGCCCCCUGCGGGCUGUGGCACUGCCUGCCCUGAAAAAUGCUGGAGGCUGGGCGUGGCCCCAGGCCUGGGGACCUGUUUUUCCUGUUUCCCGCAGAGUUCCUGGCAGCCUGGUCCAGGCGUGUGCAUUCAUGAGCGAGGAACCUGAGCAGGCGCUGAGCAUCCUGACCUCAAGAGCAGGGGCUGGUCAGGUUCCAGGAUUUGGAGGUUCUGGGUCCAGAUCCACGUCGGAUGGCAACCGAGGCCCUGGUCAGGUGGGUGUGUCAGGCCCCCUGGCAAAGCCUCCCGUGACCCUGACUGUUCUCCCCACUCCCCGGUCUCUGCAGGGCGAUGGCGGAAGGCCCCGGGAAUGGCACCAUCAAUGGCACCUGGGAUGGGGAUGAGCUGGGCUACAAAUGCCGCUUCAACGAGGACUUCAAGUACCUGCUGCUGCCCGUGUCCUAUGGAGCGGUGUGCGUGCUCGGGCUGGGUCUGAACGCCGCGGCGCUCUACAUCUUCCUGUGCCGCCUCAAGACCUGGAACGCCUCCACCACGUACAUGUUCCACCUGGCCGUGUCGGACGCGCUGUACGCGGCCUCCCUGCCGCUGCUGGUCUAUUACUACGCCCGCGGCGACCACUGGCCCUUCAGCACGGUGCUCUGCAAGCUGGUACGCUUCCUCUUCUACACCAACCUAUACUGCAGCAUCCUCUUCCUGACCUGCAUCAGCGUGCACCGCUGCCUGGGCGUCCUGCGCCCCCUGCGCUCCCUGCGCUGGGGCCGGGCCCGCUACGCCCGCCGGGUGGCGGCGGCCGUGUGGGCGCUGGUGCUAGCCUGCCAGGCGCCCGUGCUCUACUUCGUCACCACCAGCACCCGCGGAAGCCGCAUCACCUGCCACGACACGUCGGCGCCCGAGCUCUUCAGCCACUUCGUGGCCUACAGUUCCGUCAUGCUGGGCCUGCUCUUCGCGGCGCCCUUCGCCGUCAUCCUGGUCUGCUACGUGCUCAUGGCACGGCGGCUGCUGAAGCCGGCGUAUGGGACCACGGGAGGCCUGCCGCGGGCCAAGCGCAAGUCGGUGCGCACCAUCGCCGUGGUGCUGGCGGUCUUCACCCUCUGCUUCCUGCCUUUCCACGUCACCCGCACCCUCUACUACUCCUUCCGCUCGCUGGACCUCAGCUGUCGCACCCUGGACGCCAUCAACACGGCUUACAAGAUCACCCGGCCGCUGGCCAGCGCCAACAGUUGCCUUGACCCCGUGCUCUACUUCCUGGCUGGGCAGAGGCUCGUGCGCUUCGCCCGGGACGCCAAACCACCCACAGACCCCACCCCCACUGCCCGGGCUCGUCGCAGGCUGGGCCUGCGAAGGUCGGACAGACCUGACCUCCGGAGGGCAGAAGAUGUGUCAGCCAGCAGUGAAGACUCCAGGCGGACUGAGUCCACGCCAGCCGGUAGCCAGAACACUAAGGAUAUCCAGCUGUAGGUCCUGAACCCUUUGGGCCUGUGCAAGUUUAUUUGGAGAGAAGGGGAGAUGUUGAGGACCAGGACUUGUGCAAGUGGCAUGGUCUCCCCAGAUAGGGACCAUCAGGGACUCAUGCUAGAUGAUAAAGGAAGCCAUGACCCCCUGCUCUGUCAUGUAGCAGGGGCUCAAGAUACUCCCUCCUCCAUGGUCCAGAAGAGAGUCAACUGUCCCCAUAGCCACAGUCCCCACUUAUCAUUUGUAUGUGUGAUUGGGGGAAUAAGGUUUCAAGAAAGUCCAGUGUUCAUGGCCAGUGCUGCCCCUGGCCUGACUCCCAUGCAGAUUAGCUGGCUGUACCUGCCAAGGUACCCAGGCUGGAGUCCAGUCUAUUUAAGUCAAAUGGAGAAACAGGCCCAGAGAGGAAGGUGUCUUACAAAGGUCACACAGCAAGGUCUGAGUCUGAGCCACCUGGGGUGGGGGCAGAGUCACAGGUUGGCUGGAGGACCCUGGUAAGUAGUCACGCUGCGUUCCCAUGGUGGUCUGGGGCAGGACUGGGUGCCACAGUGGACUCAGCUGGAGGAGUACCCCCUGCCCAAGUGAUGAACAUCUGGGGACUGAUGUCACAGACUCCUCUAGAGGCUCCCCCGGGACGGGAGCCAGUGUGAAGCUGUAACUUAUACUAAAGGUUUUGUUGCCUGCCAA